AUGAAAUUCAAAGAUUUAUUAAAAUAUAACAAAAAAGAAAUUAUUAAAGGUGGAUUCGUAUUAGCACUUUCUGGUGGGUUUGGACUUUGGACAUUAGGUAGAUUUAUUGAUUAUAUCAAACACAAAAAAAUGGAUAGGAUUUGUAAAAGAAAAAGACAAGUAACAAUUGAGGCAAUAAAUAAUUAUAAACUAAUACAUCAACCAUGUUAAUUGAGUCAAGAUCUUUAAAAAUAAAUACUUAACAGUAAUGUAGCUUAAAUUAAGUAAUUGUUAUAUGAAGAAAAAACUACUGUCGAAUAAAUUGUUUUAGUUUUUAUUGAAAGAAUUCUUAAGGUAGCUUGUUCAGAUAAACUUAAUAUAAUAACAGAAAUUAAUUUUAUUGAAGCAUUGGAAUAAGCAAAGUAAGAUUGAUUAAUGAUAAUUUAGAAUCUAAGAUUAGGAAAUCAAAGCAGAUAAAAAUAUAAUAAAUAAAUAUCCUUUAUUUGGCAUUCCAGUAUCAGUCAAAGAAACAUUCAUUCAGAAAAACUUUGACUCUACUUAUGGAUUAGGAGCUAAUUGUUUUAAGCCUGCUUAAGAAGAUGGAAUAUAAGUUGCUUAAAUUAGAUAAGCUAGAGGUAUUAUUAUAGUGAGAACAAAUGUUCCAUAAGUUGCUAUGACAUUUGAAUCAGUUAAUCAUAUUUAUGGGAGAACCAAGAAUCCAUGGAAUCCAAAUAGAGCAGUUGGAGGAUCUUCAGGAGGAGAAGGAGCUUUAGCAGCUGCAAGAGGUAGUGUAUUAGGAAUUGGAUCAGAUAUAGGUGGCAGCAUUCGUAUACCAGCUGCAUUUUGUGGUGUAUAUGGAUUCAAGCCUUAUAGUGGAAGGAUCCCAGAAUAUGGUGAGUCAAAAAUUUCACUAGCAAUUGAAGGAGGAAUGCAAUUAAAAGUAUCUAGAGGACCUAUUGCUAGAUGUGUUGAUGAUUUGAUAGUAUUAACAAAGGUUCUAUUUGAUAAAGAAAUUUAUUCUAAAAUUCCUUAAUAAAUAAAGGAUCCUUAUUUUGAUCCUCAAUAAUUAGGUGAAUUUCCAAAAAAAUAAAAAUUAAGAAUUGGAUAUUUUAAUAUAUUUAAUGGAUUAGUAACUCCUAAUUGUAUGAGUAGAGCAGUUAAUGAAGUUUGUGAAGCAUUAAAGCAUUAAGGACAUGAAAUAGUUGAAUUUAUAGUAGACAAAUAAAUAUAAAGCAUAAUUGCUAAUUGUUUUUUAAAGAUAGUAGUUGCUGAUGGAGGAAUGAAGUCUUACAUUGAUGCUUUACAUGGUUAAAAAUUUAUUGAAGAGUAUGACCUAUUAGUUUAAGAUGCAAAUAUAUCUUUGGGAAUAAAAAAAUUUGUAUUAGGUCCAUUAUUUAAAUUAUUUGGAUAAAAAACACUUUUAGAAUACAACUAUAAUACUAAAGUAGAUGUCUAUCAAUAUUUGGUUGAUUCAGCUAUUAGAAAAUAAACAAAUUUAUAAUUUUGUUAAGCAGUUCAAGAUUAAGGAAUAGAUGUUAUAAUCUCUCCUGCAUUUGGAUUACCUGCUGUUAAACAUGGAGGUUCUAAAGAAUUAGCUUUUACAGCGUAUAUUUAUAUUUUUAUGUUAGAUUAUAUACUUGGAUGUGGAAUGUAGUAGAUUUUCCUUCAGGCAGUUUACCUGUUACAAUUGUAAAAAAUGAUUAAGAUUUGAAAAUUGAUGGUUAAGAGAAUUCUAUGGAUCUUGUUUAUAGAUUUAUGAAAAAAGAUCUAUAAGGAGCCAUAGGUCUUCCUGUCAAUAUUCAAGUUUCAGCUUUACCAAAUUAAGAUGAAAUGGUCUUAAAAGUAAUGAAGUAAAUUGAGUCUAUUAUGUAAUUCAAUUCUAAAUAUCCAUAUCCUGAAUUAAAUUGA